UGGUUGUUGAAGUGUACAACUGCAAGGGGACAGAAGAAAUGGCUGAAUACCAGCGUAGUCUAGAUUAAAGCCCAUGGCGGUGUAUUCUUCUAUCCAACAUUAUAGGUCACCCUUAGUGGUGGUCUAAAAAGCAGCACAAACCAGCCAUAAAGAUACUUUUUUGGGGGGGGGGGGGGCGUUUCGUUUCCCGUUUGGAUCGGGAUGAUCUCCAACUGUGAGGAGUGAUCUGUGUCACGAAGUCUGUGUGUGUGUGUGUGUUUGUGUGUGUGUGUGUGUGUGUGUACACUGUGGGGUAGCAACAGUAGAAUGAGCUGCCCUGGAGCUGUUACAGUCUGCAGGGACUGACACACACUUCUACAAAAACAGCAGUCAAUGCAGUCUUCCAGAGGCUCUCCCUCCCUGUGGCUGAGAAACCAGCAGCAGCAGCAGCAGCAGCAGGAUGUCCCGCGUCUCCUCCACCGCCAAGCGCUACACUGGCUCCUCCUACACCAGCCACUACAACUCCUACAGCUCCUCCCUGACGCCGGGCCUUAGCUCCUACAGCGAGCGGGACAGGCUGUCCUCCUACAAGUCCCCCACCUCCUCCUCCACCUCUUCCUCAGGUUACUCCUCCUCCAGCUAUCUGAACAGCUCCGCCGCCCGCAGCCGUAACUACAGCACCUCCUCAGACCCCGACCGCGACCGGGGUCGAACCAUCCCGCGUGCCGACAUCCUCGGAAGCAGCAGCAGCAGCCGCCGGAGCGAGAGCCUCAGCAGAACCCCCGUCAAGAGCUAUGGAGGGUCGGGACUGAGUGGCGGAUCUGCCUACACCGGCUACAGUUCCUACUCUUCGUCCUCGGCCCAGUCCAGCUACCUCUCCUCUUCACCGGUGGCCUCCAGCAUCUUGCUCAACCGACGUAAAUCUGUAUCCCAGAGUGACUUGAGCAGGGACCUGGCCUCUCUGGGCCUCAGUGACAACUCCUCCUCUUCCUCCACCCAGUCUUCUUCCACCAGUGCCCUGCGGAGCUAUCGAAGUCGGACCAGCGAUGUGGCCAACUCGUAUGGCACAAGCUCCCGCCCAAGCUACUCAGGCCUGUCGCGGAGUUCUACUCAGGAGGCCCUCUCACGGAGCUCCACCCAGGAGGCCUUCGGCAGCAGCAGCAGAGCAUACAGCUCUUCGACAUGGGAACCGAGCAGUAACAGGCUGUCCGACUCCCCCACUAGGGACUCCACGAAUUCAAAGAGUGCCCAGGGCCUGGUGGGACUAAAGAACCUAGGAAACACUUGUUUCAUGAACAGUAUCCUGCAGUGUCUCAGCAACACACACAGCCUGCGAGACUACUGCCUGCACAACUCGCACCGCAGAGACCUUAACAACAACAGCCGCACCAACACAGCCCUCAUGGAAGAAUUUGCCAAGCUGAUGCAGACCAUGUGGACGUCGUCCAGCAGUGAGGCGGUCAGCCCGUCUGAAUUCAAAACUCAGAUCCAGAGAUACGCUCCGAGAUUCGUGGGAUACAACCAACAGGAUGCUCAGGAGUUCCUGCGUUUCCUCCUGGAUGGCCUGCACAACGAGGUGAACAGGGUGACUGUCAGGCCGAGAGGCACAGUAGAGGACUUCGACCACCUUCCCGAUGAAGAGAAAGGGAAGAAGAUGUGGAGUAAAUAUCUAGAGAGAGAAGACAGUAAGAUAGUCGACCUGUUUGUGGGGCAGCUGAAGAGCUCUCUGACCUGUAGCCACUGUGGCUUCUGCUCCACGGUCUUCGACCCCUUUUGGGAUCUCUCUCUACCUAUCGCCAAGGGCUAUGGUGAGGUGAGUCUGAUGGACUGCAUGCGGCUCUUCACCAAAGAAGACGUACUCGACGGGGACGAGAAGCCGACGUGCUACAGGUGUAAAGCCAGGAGGAGAUGCACCAAGAAGUUCACAAUACAGAAGUUCCCCAAGAUCUUAGUGCUGCACCUGAAACGCUUCUCUGAGGCACGCAGAACCAGCAAACUUUCCACCUUUGUUAACUUCCCCAUGAAGGACCUUGACCUGCGGGAGUUCGCCUCCGAAAACAGCAUAAACGCAGUGUACAACCUGUAUGCAGUGUCCAAUCACUCAGGCACCACUAUGGGCGGUCACUACACAGCCUACUGUCGCAAUCCCAACUCGGGAGAAUGGUACACAUUCAACGACUCCAGAGUAACGCCAAUGUCCUCCAGCCAAGUGCGCAGCAGCGACGCCUACGUCUUGUUCUACGAGCUGGCUUCCUCCUCACGGAUGUGAAGCCUCCUGGAGGAUGACGGGCCGCAGCACCGCUCGGACUGACGGACAGAUGGAUGGAUGGAAAAUUAAAGUGUUGGCGGAGGCGGGCCUAUUUUGACUUGUAUUUGGACAUAUAUAACACACACGCACAUGCACACACACACACACACACACACACACACACGAAGGCAAGCACUCCCAGCAGCCUGGAGGCCGCUUCUCUCCACGGAGAGAGCUGGAGAGGGGAACACUGGAAACCACAGGAACCUGAUCAACCAGCCCUGCUUUCUUUCUCUCUCUUUCUCGUGUCUUGCUCAUUCUGGGUGGAGGUGUGUGUUUGCUGUGUGCGUGUGUGUGUGUGUGUGUGCAAAGCUGACACUCGGCAAUAAUCCCAUCUGACCGACCAAUCGGUGAAUCCGUCUCUGUCUCCUCUCUAUGCACUGCGAACCGAACUCUCUUCCUAACCGCGCCUUCGUUUUUUUCUCUUCAACUCUUGAUCUUCUCGUUUGCCUCAAACCAUUAAAACUGACUGGUUUCAAUUUAGGACUUUUUUUCUGCUUUGAAUUCAUGUUGGGGUUUUUUUGUUUUUGUUUUUUUUUCUCGGAGCAGGGGGUUAUUACCACAGCACCAUGAGCAUCAUCAUCAUUACCACUUUGGACUGUGGAUAAAUUGUGCUUAGUGUGUGACUGUAACAGGACUGCUCAUGGUUACAAGGAGCUUACAGCCCACCGGCCUGCUUGGUUUUCAUGGCUUUCCCUUCCACUGCACUACAACACUCCCACAUCUCUGUUGGCAUCUUCUCCUCUCUCUUUGUUUCUCUGAAAGUGGUUGGGAGGCCGGUGGCACUGUGAGUGUUACAUGUUUCAGAGGACGACCCUGUAAUAUGUGUUUUAUUUCAUUUGUUUCUCCCACGUGUGGCUGCUACUGAUGUCUUCAAAGUGCUGUGAAUGGAUGAGUGGACGGUCCGGUACGGAUCUGCUAAGGAUUAAUGAUAUAGACGAUAAUAACGGUAACAGUCUUUUCUUCCUCUCUUGUUUCAUGCCAUUGAACAACACGGAAAGAAUGUUUUAAAGAAGAAAACACUAUAUCUGUAUAUUUUUAUAUCCCGAUGCAAUAUAGAGAAUGUACUAUUCAAUGGUGCUGAAAAUGACCCAUAACUGUUUUCAGUUGGUUUAUUUCCCACGUUUCAAGAGAGAAAAAAAAGUUAGUAUUUAUGCUUACAGGUGAUAAUGUGAUGAGUCACACUUUUUAACAGUGGCAGUCAAACACAUGAGUAUAUAAAUAUAUAUGAAUAAAAGCUAACAAAACAGUG